AGUUUGGUGGAACUGUCAAAGUUAAAAUCAAGGGCAUCUUUGGGAGGUCUGCAUUUUCAAUUCUUAGUUUUAUUGUUGAGUUGAUUGCAGCCGAGAGAAGCAGUGUUUAUUGGAAAGACCUUAGUUUUGUUGAAACUAUUUAGAUUUUAUGGGGCCCUUUGAUGCUGAAUGAUGAUGAAGUUUUCUUUUUUCAUUAUAUUCAUAAAGUAGGUGACUGCAUUGAAAUUUUCCCCUGUAAAAAAAUGUCUGUGGCUGCAUUUUUCUUUGUUUGAUUCAUAGAUGAAUUAGCUAUUAAAAAAAACAAUCAGUUGCCAUGCUUUAGGUCUCUAAAUCUCUGAUGAGGCGUCAUAUUUUGUAUUCUGCAUUUUAAAAAGGUUAUUAGAGAGAGUGGUUAGAGCUUCACCAUAAUUAUAACCAUAACAUUUCAUGUCCUCUUAGGUCACUUGGGACUCUGGGGUUAAUAUAUAUACAGUCACGUAAUCCAGAGAAUUGAUUAAUGUUUUAUUCAUUAUGCCAGUAUCGUUCUUUAUAUCACUAUAACACAUUUGUAGACGUGUAUACAUGUAUAUAUGCUGUCUGGAGAUGUUAGGGGGAUUAUUUUGAUGGUUCUUCUGUGUUAUAACACCUUUAUGAUAUUUCAUGUGAUUUGUUAUUGUUUUAACUUGAUAUUCUGCACGAUACAUUCUUGAAAAUAAUUUCUCAAACAAAACCUUGAAAAUUCUUGAGUUUAUGCUUUGGUAUGGGUGUAUUCACCUUAAGUCUUGCACUUCAGUUUCAUUGCUAAUGAUAUCUCAGAGCACUGUUUUCUAAACUGUUACCUUAAACGAUAUUUUACAAUAAACUGCGAGUAUUCGGAGUUAUUAUGGAGUACUUGCCAUCCUUAUAAUACAAAAUAGUCACACAGCCUGCCGGAAACCAACACUAACAACAACAUGUGCACGUUACGCCGCCUCCUCGGCUGCCUCUCUGGUUGGCUCGUGUUCCCCCUCCUCUCGGCCAUGGCAAGCCGAGGUGCACUGAUGACAGCCGGGAGAUGAGCUCGGCCAGAUGACUAUGGUUAACGCCGGCUAUCCUGGGCAACAAGCCUAUAUUUUGCAAUCGAAAUAAAAAAGUCACCGUCUGUUUGGCAAGUUAAAUAUUAUUUGCCAGAGGACCGUGUUGAAUUUCUAACUGUUGUGGAAAAGACUGACACUUAAACAAUCUCGGGAGUUGUCGUGGAUGGGGCGUAUGAAACUGAAUGUAGUAUUGCGUAAGCGUGCUUGGUGAUUUGGAAUUUCGCUGUCCUGGAGCCGGUCACACCAUGAAUAACUCCAAACCAACACGAGAUAGUGACAUCCAGAAGAAGAUAGACCAUGAGAUCCGCAUGCGGGACGGGGCGUGUAAGCUGCUGGCCGCCUGCUCGCAGAGGGACCAGGCGCUGGAGGCCUCCAAGAACCUGCUCACCUGCAACGCCCGCAUCAUGGCCUACAUGUCCGAGCUGCAGCGCAUGAAGGAGGCCCAGGUCAUGCAGAGGGUCGCACGCAGGUCGUCUGAAUCAGGACCCUUGGAUGACCGACUCCCAUGCAAAGGCAAAGUAGCCAUCUCAGAUCUUCGCAUUCCUCUGAUGUGGAAAGACACUGAGUACUUCAAGAACAAAGGAGAGCUUCACCGCUGUGCAGUGUUCUGUCUCCUGCAGCUGGGAGGGGAGAUCUUCGACACAGACAUGGUGAUGGUGGACCGGACACUCACAGACAUCUGCUUUGAAAACACUGUCAUCUUUAACGAGGCCAGCCCGGGCUUCGAACUGCGCGUGGAGCUGUACAGCUGCUGCUCGGAGGACGACUGCUCGGCGGGCAGCACGCCCAGGAAGCUGGCCAGCAAGCUCAGCAGCUCGCUCGGCCGCACGGCCGGCAAGAAGAUGAGGGCCGCCAUGGACCCCGGGGCAUGCAGCCCCAUCAGUAACGGAGGGGGCGCCACUCUGCUGCUGCCGGUGUCUUCCGUCCCGGGGCCGAAAUAUCACCUCCUGGCUCACACCGCACUCUCACUGGCACACGUGCAGGACAGCUUCCGCACGCAUGACCUCACCAUCGCUGCCAAUGAGGACUGCUCCUUCUGGGUGCCGCUGUAUGGGAGUGUGUGCUGUCGCUUGGCUUCCCAGCCCAAAUGUAUGACCCAGCAGGUGAUGAGCGGACGCCUGAAAGUCAAGCAUGGGAACGACUCUCAAAGCUGCACGAAUGUCUACGGUGUCCUCAAGGGGACACACCUCUUCUGUUACCACCAACAACAGGACAUGGACACUAAUGUGGAUCCCGCAAUAACAAUCGGCAUCAACAAAGAAACGAGGAUACGAGCGGCAGAGAGAGACCCCCACAGUAAGGCCCAGAGUAUCUGCAUCAGUAACCAGUAUGGUGGGGAGGAGGUGACGCACACCCUCCUCACAGAGACCAGGGACGACACCCAGCACUGGAUGGAAGCCUUCUGGCAGCACUUUUACGACAUGAGCCAGUGGAAGCAUUGCUGCGAGGAUCUGAUGAAAAUCGACCUGCCGUCACCAAAGAAACUCGCUCCUCUCACUCCUAAGCAAGGCUCCCUCUAUCACGAGAUGGUUAUUGACACCUCGGAUGACAUCGGCACGGUGACGGACAUCCUGACGCGGCAGAUCCAGGAGUGGGAGCUGCGCACCCAGCUGAGGCGAGGCGCCGCCACUCCCCCCGCCUGGAUGGCCCUGUUCGAGGAGGAGGGCUCCCCGCCCACCACCCCCCAGCCCAUCCCCCGUCACCACCACCACCACCAGCAGCAGCUGCUACGCUCCCCGGCCUCCCCGCUCCUCAGCCCCGGUCGCCAGCCCGGCCGCUGCGGCCGCCUGCUCUCCUCCCAAGUGAGCCUGACGUCAGACAGCGACAGCCCGUGCAGCACCAGCCCCUGCUCGCGCCACUACGGCUGGGCCGCCGACCCCUCCUUCAUCUCCCCGUCGCUGUCGUCCUCCUCCUCCUCCUCCUCCAAGACUCGCUUCCGCCCCCGAACCCUCUCGCUGGACGCCAAGCUCAGCAGCUUACGUGGGCGAGGGGGUGUGGGAGGAGGAGGAGGAGGCAGCGGAGGCGGCAGGGUCAUCCAGUGCUCCUCACCGCCCCCGACCAUGACCUCCUCCUCCACGGCCACCUCGUCCUCCUCCGUGGCCCCCCACCGGUCCCCCGCCCUGGCUACCUUGUCCAGCUCCUCCAGCACCAGCUCCACCUCCAGCAACUCCAGCGAGGGCAGCAGCUUGGGUGGACCGGAGGGUGACACGCCCUUCGCCCGGCCCACCGGAGCCAGGCGCAGCCUCAGGAACUUGCGCUCAAAACUGGACCCCCGCAACUGGAUGCAGAGCCAAGUUUAACCCACACCCAUCCUCACCUCACUCACUCACACACACAUAGCGUUACAUUUGGAAGAAUUAAAAAAAGAGCAACUGUUGAGAAGAGGAAUAAUUUCAACAUUUGUCUUUUGUUUUCCUGGGAAAGAACUGGAAUGAAUAAGGGGCGAAGCAUGGGAGCCGGCCAAACACAAACAUGCCACAACUCAACAUACAGUAGAUAUGGGAGAUUACCUUCUUGUCAUCGCUUGGGAAAUUAACUGUUACACAUUGUUUACUUAAAUGUAAUACCUACAGGUCAAACAUGAUGAUACUUGGGAUUCUGUGUGCCCUUCAGUGUCAAACUGGAAAAAAGCAGCAUCCACAUCGUCCCUCAUGAGCCAGUAAGUGAAACUGGUGCCGUUUCCAGGUAACUGACCCUGUCCUGAGAAUGUAAAGUUUGGGUUGGUGGAUAACUCACCCCUUCCUGUGAGCUCAGCAUUGUGGGUACUACAGAGACUGCCGAAGGUUGCAGAACUUACGCUUCACGGAAGGCUCAGUGGAAAUGACACUCACUGUGCACCUGUUAUGAAUUUACCACAUACUAAUACUGUGAUAAUACUCAACUUUUACCUAAAAUGCAAGCAUAUUCGAGCUGUAUCAUUGGUUGCUGUUAAUCCAAGACUAUAACAAAACGGUUAUCGAUAGCAUAUAAUGACAACCUUCAGUGUUUCUCUUACACGUUGUCAUCUCAACAAAAUGUUACACUUGUUAGAUUUGUCCCAGUGUAGAGAUCUGUGAGUAGAUGCCGUACCUGAUAAAUGCAUGCCUGUGCUGUCAAGAAGAGACAGAGCACGAGCACCCUAACCCAAACCUUAUGGUUGGUCACCUAAAUAAGUGUGGUUGCUUCAGUUCUACUACUUGCUACUGUGAUAACCUCAGGACUACAUCAUUUUAUAAAGUCCCCCCAGAGUGUCAGAGUAUUUCCCAUAUUUUUAAGUACCUCAUAUUAAUGUACAUGCAGUUCAUGUACACAGUACCCCCAUAGUUACCAACACAAACGUUUGAACUCCACUGUACAUAUGUAUUGCAGCAUACUGAGGUUUAUAUAAAACUUUGGUGCAAUAGAGUUAUUGCUUCAUUUCAUAUUCAAAUGGGAUUAUUAUUACUUUUUUCCUCCCUUUUUGUUCAGAAAAGUAUAUAACAAAUGAUGAUUAUGAAAAAGAAAUCCAGCUGUAGUGUUGGGUUGUCCUUGAUCAGAUGUGACAACUGAUGACACUCCUUCACACUAAACCAAAUCAGAUUUUUCAUCAGUCACAGAUGUUAGCUGGACAUUCUGUUGUAUAAAAACCUACAAUGUUUUACGAAGUUUAAUGCCCAUCAUAAUUGCAGUAGCAGUUUACCAGUUUUAAAUAAUAAAAAAAGAUAAAUUCAGUAGUGUCCUUGUCUACAGCAAGGCAAAUAACUACAACGGAUAGAAGUAUGCAAUUGAGGAAGUUAAUAUAAAAAUGAAACAUGAAUUUUAUUUUGCCCUCAAUAUUGUGAGCAAUGUUAUCCCAGUAGAUAUAAAGUCAUAAAGAUGAAAAAAUGUAAUUAUGAAAUUGGCAGGUAUCCAUGGAACCUAAUCAAGCAGAGUAUCCUAUUGUCCCAUAACUCUCUUUUACAGUGACUAUAAACUAUGGCGCUGUGGUGAUGCAGAUGGCGAGCAUGUUACAUUGUUACAGGAGGCUGUUUCCCCUGAGGCCAGCAUGGCCCAAUGGCUCAGUUCAUGUGGACUCUCUACUCUCUGCACCAUACAGUCAUAUCAGCCUUUGUUAUUGUAAAGUUUUGUAAUCUAACAUUGUAUUUGUUCUUUUUGUGUUCAAUUGUAUUUUACAUGAUUGUUGAUGUCUUUUGUUAUAAAUACUAUAUUGAUAUAUUAUUUGAUCAGUUACAGGCAUAACUGUUUUGUGAGAGAUAACACUGAAUGUUAACACCUUUGUUAGGUUACUGGUCAGCAGGCUGUCUGCAUGCACGUUUCUUUUUGAAGAGAUCAAACUUUAAGAGAAAGAAGCUAACUCCGUACAUAGCCCUAACAAUAAAUUAUUCGUGACGUAAACAACUACACAAUUGUCUCCUACUCUUUCUUCCAGACAUUCUGGAUGCCAUUGGGGAUUAGUGAGUUUUAGAAUUUUUUUUUUUUUUAAAGCUAAAAAUGUCUCAAAUGCUAAUAAUGUACCUGCUUUUCUUAAUAAUUGUGAAUCCAACACCUCUGCAAUAAUUUAUAUUAAAAAGUGUUCCUAUUUACAAUCAGCUCUAUGAAUGAAGUAUUUUAUGGUAAUCACAGUGACUAACAGUGCAAUAAAUAAAUAAAUAAAUUGUGAAGGCAAA